AUGCCGAAACAUGAAUUCUUUGUAGGCAUGACCUGUGAAGGGUGCUCUAAUGCCACCAGCCAUGUUCUCUUCAAGCUGGGAGGUGUUGAGUUUGAAACUGACCUGCCCAACAAGAAGGUGAAAAUAGACUCAGAGCACACUGUUGACACCUUACUGAACACCCUGAAGAAAACUGGGAAGGGUGCCUCCUACCUUGGAAACAAAUAG